AUGGAGAGACGUCAAGCAGGAGAGGAGGACGCACUGGUGGAGGUCAGGGUGGAGAAGGGCUCACCGGUGGGGGUCAGGGUGGAGAAGGGCUCACCGGUGGGGGUCAGGGUGGAGAAGGGCUCACCGGUGGAGGUCAGGGUGGAGGUGGGCUCACCGGUGGGGGUCAGGGUGGAGAAGGGCUCACCGGUGGAGGUCAGGGUGGAGAAGGGCUCACCGGUGGGGGUCAGGGUGGAGGUGGGCUCACCUGCAGACCGCCGCGGCUACCUGAACUGUGCGGUCACCUUGGCGGCGCUGAUGGGAGUGGUCACCUCGGCCCUGGCGGCGGCCUUCAUCCUGCAUCUGGUCACGUUCACCGCGGCAUCGUGCAACCCGGAUUCGGGGCCAUCGGAUGCUCAGGCUGAAUUCAACGUGACCUGCAGAAAACAAACAGGGGGCGACGAACCGGGACGUUACGACAUCUGCACCGUGAACAAAAGCGCAAACUACGUGAUCUACGGCGAGGCGAGGAGCCCCGCCAGCCGACAAGUUUCCCUCGUCCAAACGCGGGGGAACGAGGACAGGCCGAUCAAAACCAUCCGCGGCGGCGAGGACGGCGAGGGAGAGUUCGUCUUCCUGGAGACGGUCAACAUGAUCAGCGGCACCAGGAUAAGCGUCCUCUUCACGUCCGGAACCCCGACCAGCUGCCGCUUCCUCGUCUUCAAACUCUGACCCGGAAGGUCAUGGGGCCACUCCGCCCUUAGAAAUCCUUAAAAGUUGGGGCUGUUAGUUUAAAUUUAAAUAUAUAUAUUUGGCCAGUCUAGUUGGUUGUCUUUAUUGAUAACUUUUAAUGUGCUUCACUUUUUUGACACAAAGGUUUCUUGUUCGAUUUUUUCUUCUCCCUAGAGAUCUGAAGACGGAGCCUGAAGGCAUCACUUUUUGUUUCUGUGAAUUAUUGGGAUGAUUUAGUGCAGCUUAAAUCUUUUUAAAUAUAUUUUUGCACAUGUCGUGAGUCUUAUUGGUAUAAAUAAUCGUCCACUUCAAC